UCUCCUUCCAUUGAUAAGGAACUUAAGCAGCUCUGUCAAACGCUGCAAUGAUCACAGUGACCCAGUGAACAAUCUCCUUGGGAAUGCCAAGCUCUUUUGAUUAUGUUCUGUAUCGCAAGGAAACACAAAACAAAUAAAGCACGAGUUGGGAGGAAGCAGUCGAAUUGAAUAAUAGUGUCGCCACUCCAACUGUGGUGUGGGUUACAAAAACUUCCUCCCUUUGUAUUUGUGUUUUGGAAAAGCUUUGAGCUGCUGAUUAAGAGAAUAUUCUAUUUUUUUGUUGUUGACCAGCAGCCCUGAAUUACAAAAGAAGCACUCAAAAAAAGAAGGUAAUGUGUCGGGAAUGGCCAGAUUAGCGAUAAAAAUCCAGCGGUAUUUCCGACGGAGGCCAGUCCGAUUUUUCACCUUCAUAAUCAUUUACCUCAUGGCUGGCAGCUUGAUGUUUCUGCACUCAGGGUUUGUGGGGGACAGUGCCAUCACAGGCCAGGCCUCGUACCCCAGCGACGGCACGGUGAGCGGACCCCUGGGUGGCUCCGUGGCCACAGGCGGUCUCCAGCAGUUUGCCUUCCUACCCUUUGCCAGGGGCUACAGGGAAUUGGUGGAGAAGGAGUCCCCACCGUUGCCACGGAGAUAUGGCCCACCAUGGCUGAAACCGGUCUCGCAAGACUCCGCUGACAAGUUGAGAUCCGUGGAGCAUGUUCGGAGUUGGAGCAGGGCCCUGAAGGGGAAGAUGUCGAGAGACCAGGAAGAAAACAGAGCCAAAUAUAUCGGUUGUUAUUUUGAUAACACCAAGCAGAGAGCCUUGAGGGGAACAGCAUUCUUUGACUACAGAAAGAUGACAGUAUUUCGUUGCCAGGACAACUGUGCUGAAAGGGGCUAUCAAUACGCAGGCCUGGAGUUUGGAGCAGAGUGUUAUUGUGGACAUAAGAUACAGGCCCGGAACACGAGCGACUCCGAGUGCAGCAUGGAGUGUAAAGGUGAGAAGAGCAACAUGUGCGGAGGGCCCAACCGUCUGUCUGUCUACCACCUGGAGCUCACCCGAGAAUCCGCUAGACGCUAUGGGAGUGCUGUGUUCCGAGGAUGCUUUAAAAGGCCUGAGAAUAUUUCCCUUGCCCUGCCAGCAGGCAACGUCUUGUUGAACAUGUCUGUGGAUAAGUGUGUGGAUUUCUGCACUGAGAAGGAAUACACCCUGGCUGUGUUGGCAGGAGCAACGUGUCGCUGUGGAUUUCCCACUAUGCACUUCACACUCCACGAGCCCGAGGAUGAACAACUGUGUGCUCAGAAAUGUGCUGGGGAGGAGUAUGAAAACUGUGGGAAUGAUCAUUACUUCGUUGUUUAUCAAACGCAAGUACAAGAUAACCGCUGCAUGGACAGACGUUUCCUGCCUGCCCGCUCCAAACGCCUUGUGGCUUUGGCCAGUUUUCCAGGAGCGGGGAACACAUGGGGCCGUCACCUCAUGGAGCUCACCACCGGCUACUACACCGGCAGUUACUACUUUGACGGCUCACUCUACAACAAAGGUUUUAAGGGAGAAAGAGACCAUUGGAAAAGUGGGCGGUCCGUUUGUAUAAAAACACAUGAGAGUGGCAAAAAGGAAAUUGAAUCUUUUGACGCUGCAAUCCUGCUCAUCCGAAACCCGUAUAAAGCACUAAUGGCUGAAUUUAACCGGAAAUAUGGAGGACAUGUUGGCUUUGCAUCUGAAGCUCACUGGCGGGGGAAAGAGUGGCCAGAGUUUGUGAAGAACUAUGCACCUUGGUGGGCAUCCCACACACUGGACUGGCUGAAGUACGGCAGGAAAGUCCUGGUGGUUCAUUAUGAAGAUUUGAAACGUGAUCUCUUCAACCAGCUGAAGAAAAUGGUGUCCGUGCUGGGCCUCGACGUCUCUGAUGACCGGCUACUUUGCGUUGAAAGCCAAAAGGACGGCAAUUUCAAACGCUCUGGCCUUCGCAAACUGGAAUAUGAUCCCUACACACCCGAGAUGAGGAAGAUGAUUGAUGCUUUCAUCAAAACUGUUGACACGGCUCUCAAACUGAGAAACCUGACUGGUGUCCCUGAGGACUAUGCCCCCAGAUGAUUUUGUCAGUAAAUGCUUUCAAAACAUGGCUGUAUCUCCUUUCCCUUUCCCUGGCCAGGACUCCUCUCCACCCAGUGGGUGGCUUCUUUUUUGAUACUCUGCAGCUAUUAGCUUUCCAAGUGCAUCAACUGUCUAGAGUAAAGGUCACCAAAUGCGGCUGGGGUUAGUAACCUUUUAGUGUAGACUUGCUAGCAGACAAUCUUUAGCAAGUGGGGUGUCACGAGUAAGGGACAAUGACUGGUAUGGAAUCCAUGCAACUUUUUUAAUGGGAGUUUGACAAACAGGCUCUUUGAAACUGAACAAUACUCUUAGUUAUCGUUUUGUUUCAGCUAAGGAGUGGUGCUGCCUACCUACAGAGGGAAGGGAUUAUCUGGGAAUAAUCUCUGACGAAUCUGGUCCUCUGCACCGAAUUGGAGUGAAACUGGGGUAAUUGAGUUGGCAGCUAAAGUCUUCUUGUUUACAUAGAGGAGAGCGGAGGAGAGGGUUGGAGAGUUGGAGAGAAACAUUUCAACAGCAUUUCACACCUCGCUGACAUAGCAAUAGGUAGGACGAUACUGAUGUGCACCCUUUGGUUUGUCAAGAUGACUGCACAAUCCAUUCCUACUUCAGUGAGAGUUGACCAGUGAAAAUGAAGGAUGAUGUCUUGGACUGGGAAGUAGGCCUGAAAGUAUUGUACCAAUAAGAAUGAGCAGCAACAUGAUAGCUACCAGUAAGUUAACCAUACACACAGAGUUUGCAAAGAUCACAUGAGCUGCCUGAAACAAUAAAUUGCUCCUAGCUAUCCAA